AGCAAUAUGGCGGCUUCAAUGAACAAGUUUCAGCUGAAUAGUUUUCCCUUGCCAAAUAUAGUUUUUAGUAUGAGGAAUGUCGUUAUGAAGCUUUUUCUACUAACGUUUUUACUCUUUCUGACGAAUCGGUGUCAGGGUGACGAUGGCUAUGAGUCGGAUGACUUUCUCAAGAGGGAAUAUUCACUGACAAAACCCUAUCAAGGUGUGGGGUCCUCCAGUUCGUCCCACUGGGACUUGAUGGGCACGGCAAUGGUAACACCUGAUCAUGUGAGGCUCACCCCGGACCUUCAAAGCAGAGUUGGAGCAGUAUGGGGCAGACUCCCCUUUUUCUUACGUGACUGGGAGCUACAUGUGCAGUUUAAAAUUUCUGGCCAAGGCAAGAAAAACCUGAAUGGUGAUGGAAUGGCUCUGUGGCUAACCAAAGAGAGAAUGCAGCAUGGUCCAGUCUUUGGGAAUAUGAACCACUUCACUGGGCUCGGUAUGUUCAUAGACACCUACCCCAACGAGGACAAGAGUCAUGAGAGAGUGUAUCCGUACAUUUCAGUGAUGGUGGGAAAUGGUACUCUGUCGUAUGAUCACGACCGCGAUGGCAGGCCCACAGAACUGGGUGGAUGUACAGCCCUUGUGCGCAACGUCAACCACGACACAAUCAUCCUCCUCCGAUACAUGAGGAACAGACUGACACUGAUGAUGGAUAUCGAUGGGAAGCGCGAGUGGCGUGAGUGUCUGGAUGUACCAGGGGUGCAUAUGCCGGUGGGGUACUACUUCGGGGCCUCUUCAGCAACAGGAGAUUUGUCAGAUAACCAUGACCUAAUCUCCAUGAAGCUCUACCAGUUGACCGUGGAGCGAAGCGCCCAGGAAGAGGAGGAGGCUCAGCAGGAAGUGCUCAUCCCCAGCGUCGACCACAUGGACCUUCCCAAGGUGGAUGUUGAGGAGGCGGAGGGUAUGGGCGCCGUCUCGCGCUUCUUUGCCUUCCUGAUCUCCGUGCUGGGCCUGUGUGUGCUGGUCGUGGUGGGCAUUGUGCUGCACGGCCGCUGGAAGGACAGAAGCCGCAAGCGCUUCUACUAGAGAGAGAGACCGAGAGAGAGGCAGAGAGAGAGAGAGAAUUGUGUGUGUGUGUGUGUGUGUGAGAGAGAGAGAAAGAGAAUAUGUGUUUGAUCGAGAAAGAGAAUAUGUGUGUGAAUGAGUGAAGGAGAACGAGAAAGAGAAAGAGGUGGGAGAAAGAAUGUGUGUGUGUGUGUGUGGGGGAGAGACAUUGUGUGUGUGUGUGUGUGUGUGUGUGUGUGUGUGUGUGUGUGUGUGUGUGUGUGUGUGUGUGUGUGUGGGAGAGAAGCUGUGUGUAUGACCGAGUUGGAGGACGACAAUAAGCAUCAGUGGUCGCUGUGAGUUAGCUGUUGAGACCGACGCCAACCCCAUCCACCACCCAUCCCAUCUAAAACUAUGCUCCGCCCUGAAGUCUUCGCAGUACCUCAUCCUCUCUGCCAGCUGAACGUGCCACCGGGAGAGCGCCUCACCAUUUGGUCACAAAGGACUUGGCUGAUCAAAUAAACGCACCGUUCGGAGCCUUCCCCAAGUCCGCUUGUGAGAGUAUUGAACUGUGACGAAAUGCAGAUCGAUCUUUGGAACUUUGCCAAGUUUGCCCCUUCGAGCGGCCCGGUGAAUGCUGUAUUAAUGCACUGGACUUGGGCUCAGUGCGGCCCCCUGGGAGGCACAGAAUUGAUUUCUGCACUGACAUUCAGCAGAGGACCAGACGAGUGAAAAGAAGAUGCUCACCAAAACAUUUUUUUUUUUUUUAAUCCGUCAGCCUUUUCUGCUAAAAAGUUCAACACAGUCCUGGGCUGCCUAUGGCAGUAUGUUGCUCUACACCUCCAGAGUUUUGUCUGUGUCUGUGUCUGUGUCUGUGUCUGUGUCUGUGUCUGUGUCUGUGUCUGUGUCUGUGUCUGUGUCUGUGUCUGUGUCUGUGUGUGUGUGUGUCUGUGUGUCUGUGUGUCUGUGUAUGUCAAAUGAAAGUGGUUGUGAUGAAGACACGUUGCCAACAUCAUCAUCAUGGUCAUCAGUAUGCUCACUGUACGAAAUCAACUGAAAUGUGAAGAGAUAAUGUGUGCGUGGUGAGGACUGAAGUCUUAUUUAUCAAUUAAUCAAAUGUAGUACAGUUGUGUGCUAGUGUCCCAACAAUUGUGUGCAUGCGUGUGUAUGAAUUAGACGUCUAGGUAGUUGAGGUACUGAACAAGGCCUAUUUACUGGACUGUCUGUGAAUGCUGAUCUUUGUCUUUGUACCUGAUUUUGAAGUCCUUGUCCUAGUCCUACAUAAUUGUUUACAUUCAAAUCAAGCAAAGAAUGAAUUCAUCAUAAAAAGUGUGAGAACUUUAUAUUCAGUCACUUCUACAAAUCAAUGCAAUCUUGGCCAAAACAAACCUGUGAUUUGCGCUGUUUUGUUAUUUUGUAUUCAAACCGGGUAAUUGCUGUAGUUGCUCAAAAUGACUGGUAAUCAGAUUACAUAUGAACAUCUCAUUUUAUUUUCUUUUGACAUAUAUUUUUUUAAUGAUUUGUAUGUUACUGAACCACUAUGGCCCUUAAUGUCAGAUGCCUUACAUUGUUACUCUACAUUCUGUCACCUUAAGAGAGAGCAGUGUGGAGACAUUUUUGAUUCUUGACAUCACCAGAUCUUUUACCUCCUCCAGCGAUGUCUUUUUGCUGCUGAAAUAAUGUUUGUGGUCAAAAAUCCAUUGACCGGUCAUAUCCAACAUUUUGUCUUCAUUUGUUGACAGCGUCAGGAUUUUAAAACAAGAACAGUGAUUUGUACGGUGAAUUGUUCUCAUUUAAGAAGAAGCAGAAAUGUGUCUUGGUAACUUCAGUUUGUUGGAGCCACAGCAUCAAAAAACAUGUCUGAGAAUCUUUGAAUAAAUGUUGUUCUGUCAAA